AUGUCGUGGGCGGGGUUCAAGAAAAACGUGAACCGCGCGACGACGCAGGUCAUGAUGAAGACGGGGCACGUGGAAAAGACAAAUGACCGCGAUUAUGAGGUCGAGGAAAGACGGUUCCGAACGAUGGAGGCGGCGUCGCUACGACUGCAAAAGGAGGCCAAAGGCUAUCUAGACUCGCUAAGAGCAAUGACAGCGUCACAAAUGAGGAUAGCAGAGACCAUCGAUGCUUUCUACGGAGACUCUGGCGCAAAGGACGGCGUCAGUAGGAGCUACAAACAAGCCGUCGAAGACCUCGAUGCCGAGACCAUCAAAGCCCUCGACGGCCCCUAUCGAACGACUGUGCUCGAACCUAUCACGCGCUUUUGCGCCUACUUUCCCGACGUCAACGAGUGCAUCAAGAAGCGCGCGCACAAGCUCCUCGACUACGAUGCCCUGCGCGCCCGGGUUAAGAAGCUGGUCGAGAAGCCCGACAAGGACGCGACCAAGCUGCCGCGCACGGAAAAGGAGCUCGAAAUGGCAAAGGCCGCGUACGAGCAGCUCAACGAGCAGCUCAGCACAGAGGUGCCGCAGUUGAUUGACUUGCGCGUGCCGUACCUGGACCCGACCUUUGAGGCGCUCGUCAAGAUUCAGUUGCGUUUCUGCGCCGAGGCCUACUCACGGAUGGCGCAGGUGCAGCAGUACCUAGACGCGGACACUAGGGAUCAGUACGCUGAGGGCCAACUGGACGCCCGCGUGGAACAGGUUCUGCAGGAGAUUCGGGAGCUGAGCAUCAGCGGUACGGUCUAA